AUGGAACGAGAUUUAGCGAAAUGUCAGCUUCAAACAUACGCAUUAUUCAGACAAUUUCCAUAUUCAGGCAGGAAAACAAACGAAGAUCGUCAUAAUGUUCAUUCUCUUGUUAAAAAAAUGAUUUGGAAAGAGCAAAUCGAUCAGAUUGGACAAAAAUCUAAAGAUAGUUGGAUUUCAGACGAAUACACUGAAUCCAAUGAAAGUAAAAUACAAUUAUCUAAUGAUAAUCCUUCGGAAUCAAACCACAUUAAUACAAAAUAUAAUUAUGAUGACUAUCCAGAUAUAAUAUGCGAGCUUCGGAAUACACUGGCCUAUAAAGGGAAGUGCAUAUGUACUUCUGGUCAUCCAUAUGGCGAUCCUUACACAACUGGUUGUUGGGGUUGUUCUAAUCCUUGCGCAAGUGGCGCAACUUGCAUCUCCGAAGACUUAUGCAGAUGCCCAAAUUUCUAUGUAGGUGAUGGGAUUCGUAAUUGUACGCUCCAUAUCCCCGUAGUUCGAAUGGCUAGAGGAAGAAUUCCAGAAAGUACAGCCGAGGUUAUAAUUGAUGAAGUUCCAUGGCGUAUUCCAAGUAACUUGUACUGCAAGAUAGGAUAUGACGUUACUCCUGGUGUUCUUAUCACAAAAAAUAAAAUUGAAUGCAAAUCUGUUGCGCCAAUCAAUUCCAGAUAUCUAGUAUCCGUAAGCUGGGACAGAGUUGCAUGGUCAUCAGGAGAAAUAUACUUAGAAUAUGAAAAUAUCCCAUGGGUUUUCACAUUAACUCAGUUUUGCCUCUUCCUUGUUUUAUGUUUUCUUUCAACAUGUGUGUUGUUUAGAUAUUAUAAGAAAUUUCGGAAAGUUUAUGAAACAGAAGCCGAUUUAUUUGAUUUGGCUAUGGAAAUAUAG